GUCCUCGGCCUCUCGUUCCUAAUCUUUAUCCUCAAAAACUGCCAACACACCUAUAUUACUAAAGGCAUCAAAACUGCCACUUUUCAGCUUCUCUUUCGUUCCAACCUCAAAUACCACCAAAAUGACACUCAACUUGGGCUCCCCUUGGCUUUCUCUCUUCUCCCACCCCUCUCCUUCCCUCCCCAAAGUCUCUGAAACCUUUCCCAACAACAACAGCACUUCUAUCUUUCCUCUCUUACUAUGCCCCACCAAUUCCUUAACUUUUGCUAGCUUCUCUAAGGCCCUCAAGACUAGAGCCUCCCUGAGUGAGAGCGAAAGUGGGGUGUCUGUGGACUCGUUCGUUUCGCAGCUGCUGGACGGGGACUUGCUUGCUAAGGUCUCAGGUGCUAAGGAUGCCACUGAAGCAUUGGAGAUUAUUGCUGACAAGUCUGGGAGGAGUGGAGGUGUUGUGGAAGUUAACGAUUGUCGCUUGAUUGUAUCGGCCGCGCUUGAGCGUAACAAUGCGGAGUUGGCUUUAUCCGUUUUCUAUGCCAUGCGUGCGAGUUUCGAUAAUGGUACUGAUGAAACCACCCCUUUUGUUGAGAGAUGGAGGUGGACCAGACCAGAUGUGCAUGUUUACACAUCAUUAGUUCAGGGUCUUGCAGUGUCAUUGAGGGUUUCGGAUGCUCUUAGGAUAAUUGAAGAUAUUUGCCAAGUGGGAGUAUCACCUGGCGAGGAGGUCCCUUUUGGAAAGGUUGUGAGAUGUCCAAGUUGUACGAUAGCUGUUGCUGUUGCACAACCCCAACAUGGUAUUCAGAUUGUAUCUUGUGCAAAGUGCCGCUACCAGUACGAACUUAUUUCUGGUGAUAUAGUUAGUAUUGAGUCAGAAGAAAUCAGCGUGGAUGUUCCAGCAUGGAAAAGAGGGCUAAGAUUACUGCAAAUAAUGAAGCAAAGUAGUCCUUCUGCUGUUCAUUCUAUCGUGGUAGAGACUCCUUCAGGCAUGGCACGAACGCACAGAUUUGCCACAGAAACUGUUGAUCUCCCAGCACAACAAGGAGAAAGGGUUACCAUUGCUGUAGCAGCUCCAUCCAAUCUUUAUAGGGAGGUAGGUCCCUUCAAAUUCAGUCCAAAAGCUCCCAAUUUCUACCCUGGGGAGCCUCUGUAUCUGACCAACCACAAAGAUGGCCGGGACUCACCAUUGUUAAGAGCUCCACUAAAAGAAGGAAGCUCAUCAUUACUUAACCCAUCCAUCCUCUUUCCUCUUCUUGCUGUCUUGGCCACUGGUGAUGCUGCCUCUGGGAUUAUUGACCCCAGCUUGCCCCAGUUCCUUUCGACUGCUGCAGUUGCAUCACUUGCUGUAGGAGCUACUUUAAAUGCUUUUGUUUUCCCCCAGUUGAAUCAACUUCCUCAAAGAUCUGUGGAUGCAAUUGCUAUCAAGCAGCAACUUCUAUCCCAAUAUGAUGUGCUCCAGACUCGCAUCAAGGGCCUAAGAGAAGCAGCUGAAAAAGAGGUUUGGAUGUUGGCUCGGAUGUGCCAACUGGAGAACAAAAUCUCUGCCGUGGGAGAACCUUCUUAUCGCGCUCGAAAAAGUAGAGUCAAAAGAGUGCGAGAAGGCUUGGAAAACUCCCUUACGGGACUGAUUGAACUAAUUGAUAGCUUCGCAAGAAUUUCUUCUAUGAUUGAAAUCGAAGUAGAAUUGGACUCUGAUGUACUUGCUGCUGAAGCAGCAAGCAAUGCGGAAAGUAUUGCAGAACAGAUACAACAAAUAAUGGAGCUAGAAAAUCUUGAAGAGAGAUGGAGACUACAAGCUGAAGCAAACGACGAGGCAGAAAGACUGCUUUCCCAACCUGCCGAGCAGAUUUAAACACAUGGUAGGCUAUUUUCCUCAAGUAUCCUCCUCGUGGCUUGUCUGCAUUGCUGUAUCCAUUGGAUGUCUCCACUCCAAAAGAUAAUUUUUGCUUGGAUCAAUCGAAGAGCAGUCACCAUUCGCCUUACAUAUUACCUGAACGAUGCCAAACAUCAACCAUUAUGAACAUGCCAGGAAAAUAAUUUCAUCUAUGCAAGAUUGUGGAAAUGGAGGAUGGUGGAAUCAGAAGGUCUGUAUUGGGUUAUUGCACACAGAUAAAGACUGUUCCAGGAAUUUCAGGCAGCACCUAUUCGAGGAUUAAGCUAUUAUGAUGUAAAUUUUGAAUCGGCUUUAUUCUUUAUUGAGAUUUCCAUAUUUACCA